UAAUCUUAGUUCUCCCCUACAACUUUAGCUUAAUCAAGAGAGUCAAGUUCGUUUUUUUUUUUUCUUUCUUCCCGCUAAAGCUUUAUUGACGCCACUUUUCUUCCCUUGUUGCUUAUGUUUGAUGUUGUGAUUCCAUCCAACCUAUAACUACUACAAUGUCUCACUCUCUCUUUAGCCAUUAACAAUAACAACCCAAACACAACACAAAGAACACAACAACAAUGACACUUUACAUGCCAUUGUUCAGAACAUGUUCAACUCUACGCCGUCUCACACAACUCCACGCUCACCUCGUUGUCACUUCACUCCACAACAACCCACUUGCAUCCACAAAGCUUCUCGAAUCAUACUCCCAAAUGGGUUCUCUUCAAUCAUCAAGACUCGUUUUUUACACACACCCUUCACCUGAUUCCUUCAUGUUUAGCGUCCUCAUCAAAUGCCAUCUAUGGAAUCAUCUUUUUCGCGAAGUUCUUUCACUUUUCAAUCAUCACAUUCAAAUGGGUUCCAAAUUGACGCAAAAUUGUGCUUUUUUGUAUCCUUCUGUUAUUAGAGCUGUUACUGGUGUUGGUGAGUUGAUUGUUGGAAGGAAGUUACAUGGAAGGAUUUUGAAAUCUGGGUUUUGUGAGGAUCGCGUUAUUGGGACUUCGUUGGUUGGAAUGUAUGGGGAGUUAUGUUUUUUAAGGGAUGCGAAGAAAGUGUUCGAUGAAAUGUGUGUGAGAGAUUUGGUUUUAUGGAGUUCGAUUAUAUCGUGUUAUGUUGAGAAUGGGGUUUAUAGAGAAGGGUUAGAGAUGUUUCGUUCGAUGAUUUGUGAAGGGAUUAGACCGGAUUCGGUUAUGUUGUUAAGUGUAGCGGAGGCUUGUGGGAAAAUUGGUUGUUUGAGGUUGGCAAAAUCGGUUCAUGGAUAUGUGAUGAGAGAAGGGAUGGUUGGUGAUGGGAGUUUGAGCAAUUCGCUUAUUGUUAUGUAUAGUCAGUGUGGUUACUUGUGUAGAGCGAAAAGGUUGUUUGAAUGUAUUGAUGAUCGAAGUACUUCGUGUUGGACUUCUAUGAUUUCGGCGUAUAAUCAAAAUGAGUGUUUUGAAGAGGCGUUGGAUGUUUUUAUUAAGAUGCAAGAUUCGGAGGUGGAACCGAAUGACGUGACAAUGAUUAGUGUUCUAAAUUCGUGUGCUAGAUUAGGUAGGUUAAAAGAGGGGAAAUCGGUUCAUUGCUUUGUUUUAAGGAAUGCAAUGGGUGUUACUGGUCUUGAUCUUGGGCCUGCACUAAUAGAUUUCUAUUCAGCGUGCUGGAAAAUGAGUAGUUGUGAAAAGCUUCUUCAUUCAAUAGGAAACGAAAACAUUGUAUCGUGGAAUACACUAAUAUCAUUUUAUGCUCGAGAGGGUUUAAAUGAUGAAGCCAUGGCAUUCUUUGCGUGUAUGGUGGCUAAGGGGAUAAUGCCAGACUCAUUUAGCUUAGCAAGUUCAAUUUCAGCAAGUGCAAGUUCUGGUUCAAUACAAUUUGGACAGCAGAUACAUGGUCAUGUCAUGAAAAGAGGUUUCUUUGAUGAAUUUGUUCAGAAUUCUUUGAUGGAUAUGUAUUCAAAAUGUGGCUUUGCGAGUUCAGCAUACACAAUUUUUAACAAGAUCAAGCACAAAAGCAUUGUGGCAUGGAACUGUAUGAUUUGUGGGUUUUCUCAGAAUGGAAUUUCAGUAGAAGCACUCAGCCUAUUUGAUGAGAUGUUCAAAAAUCGCCUCGAGAUUAACAAAGUAACCUUUUUAAGUGCAAUUCAAGCUUGCUCCAAUUUGGGUUAUCUUGACAAGGGAAAAUGGAUUCACCAUAAGAUCAUCGUAACUGGUAAUCAGAAUGAUCUAUAUAUCGAUACAGCUUUGGUCGACAUGUAUGCAAAGUGUGGAGACCUUCAAACAGCCCAAAAAGUUUUCGAUAGCAUAGUCGAGAAAAGUGUGGUGUCAUGGAGUACCAUGAUUGCUGCUCAUGGCAUACAUGGUCAAAUAAAUGCUGCCACCUCACUCUUCCAUAAGAUGGUUCUCUCAAAUAUCAAACCGAAUGAAGUAACCUUCAUGAAUAUCUUAUCUGCCUGCAGGCAUGCCGGAUCAGUAAAGGAAGGGAAGUUUUAUUUUAACACUAUGAGGGAUUAUUAUGGCAUAGUGCCUAAUGUAGAACAUUUUGCCUCCAUAGUUGACCUUCUAAGUCGUGCCGGUGAUAUCAACGGAGCCUAUGAAAUAAUUAAAUCGAUACGCACGCCAGUGGCUGCUAGCAUAUGGGGAGCUUUACUUAAUGGUUGUCGGAUAUACGGGAGGAUGGACAUGAUUGAGUACAUCGCUGAAGAACUCGGAGGAAUAAGUACAGAUGAUACAGGGUACUAUACUUUGUUAUCUAACAUAUAUGCUGAAGGAGGAAACUGGUAUGAAUCAAGAAAGGUGAGAUCAAAGAUGGAAGGAAUGGGCCUGAAAAAGGUACCUGGGUACAGUACAGUUGAGAUAGAUAGGAAAAUCUAUAGAUUUGGAUCUGGAGAUACUUCUGAAUGGCAAAUGAAAGAAAUUUGCAUGUUUUUAGAAAAUUUUCAAAGCUUGGCACAGGAACAAGGAUCUGAUGUAGAAUGCUUUAUGUUUAACAAUACUACUACUAGAGGUGGUGUGUUUUUUGAUGAUUUUAGUGUAUAUAACUUGCAGAGAGAAGCUAGCAAUCACAUUGGGAAUAAAUCAGUCCUACUUUAGAACUAUACCAAUUUCUUAGGAUUCUUUGA